GCGUAGUGUGUGUGCAAGCCCCAACCCAACUUUUGUGUGUAGGUAAAAAUAAUACCACCGAGAGAGUAGAGAGAGAGAGAGUGUGUGUGUGUGAGAGUGAGAGAGCCACCACCAACCCUCACCACCACCAUCACCAUCACACGCACUAUCGCCACCACCAACAACUACUAUGGCAACAACAACAACAACAACAACAACACACCCCGGGUUGCAUUGUGUAUGUGUGUGUAUGUGAGUGAGAAAAUAAUGCAUGAAUACCUGGCUAGCUGGCUGGCUACUGCUGGUGCUGGUGCUGGUGCUGCUGAUGCUGCUGAUGCUGCUGGCCCUGGCUACUGCUGACUGCUUGCUGCUGGUCAACAAGUGCCCCCCAAAAAAAAAAAAAAAAAGCUGGCGUCCGCCGCCCAGUGAGAUAUUUAUACACUCGCCGCCUCCCCGCCGCACCAAUCAGCGCCGGCCGCCCUGGUCCCCGUACCGCGGUGGCCAUGGCGUGAGGGGCCACUCCUGUAACACCGAGUCGCGCGAGUCGUCGUCGUCGGCUUCUCCCUCCGUACGCAGCCUAGCCACGCCCCCCUUAACAUCAAACCUCCUCGCGAGCCCCAGCGUCUUUCAUUUACACGCCUAUUCACCAUCCAUACCAGCCUGGAUUUCGCUGCCAUCGUCAUCCCGACCAAGGUGCGAUCUCCACCACCUUCUCUUCUCGCUGUCGCUGUUUUUUUAUCGACGCCGUCACUCCUUUCGGCCGUCUGUUCACUCAUUUUGGGCGCCGCCCGUCCCCUCCUUAGACCCAGCUGCCCACCGCCUCCGGUCCUCGAUCCUUUUCGGCUUCAUCGCUCCCCUCUGACGGCCAACCAUCUUCACCUCUUCUUCCUGUCAGAGACGCUUUGAUUCCGCCCCAUCUGCUCGCCUGGCCGCACGUUGCACAUCCCUACCUCUCGCGGUUCCUCUCCUUGUACCCAUCCCGCGCCGGAUGCUCUCCUGAGCCUUUACAUUCAU